AUGGGCGUCGAUCACCAACAGCUGUUCUAUCAGCUCCGGUCGACCUCGACUCCGCUGAGCGACAAGCUGCAGCUCAUCAACUCGACUCUGGCUUCGUCCUCCUCCUCGUCCUCGUCGGCUUCCUCGACAGCUCUCGGUCAAUUGCUCCGGGAUUGGAUCGUCGAACUCUUCCUUCGAUCCAAGCACGUCGACCAGACGAUCUUGUCGCCGCAGUGGUGGCAGCUGCUCGACUCGCUCUCGACGGGCACCUCCACCAGCUCGUCCUUGUCGCUGCCCGCCGCACCGACGUUGCCCAUCCUCACCAGCUUUCUCACGCACUAUCCCUCCGCGAAGAAUCUUCCAAGCGAUCAAGCCGUCGAGCUCGUGUCCCAUGUCGCCGCCGUGUGGAGUCAUUGGUCCACCUCGGCCCUGCGCAAGGCCAACAUUGACCAAGCGCUCGAUUCCUACUCGACGCUCCUCAACUCGUCCAUCCAAGUGCUUCAGCGAGCUGCACCCGACACCGAACCAUGGCAGCAACUCGGAUUAAUCCAUAUUCAAUCCUUGAACCUCAUCAUCGAUUCGGCCGGCAAAGGAAGUAAAAAGGUGCGCGAGACUCCCCUUCGACCAUGCGAGUCAAAAUCUUCUGUUCUCGGGAGAUGUCAACUCACAAACCUCUUUUUGCUCCCUCACACAGGUCGCUUCUCACGCCCUGUCUUCGCUUUCAUCCUUCCUCCCCACGAUCCAACUCCUCCGCUCUUCCUCCCCGCUCCACCAAGCCCUCCUCCGCACUCUCCAAUCGUCCCUGUUCAACGUCGAGAAUCUACGCAAAGGGCUCGCGCGAGAAUCCUACCAUGCCAAUUUGUCCUCGAGUGGAUCGACCGUCAAUGGCGCUACCGCAACGGGAGGCGCGGCGUCCUUGAUCUACGAUGAGAAUGGGAAUAGGACGGAGAGUGCGGCGGGAGAGUUGCUCGCGGUCUUGAAGGGAAUGUAUGAUGGAGUUGGACCGGAGGCGCAGGUGAAGAAGAAGAAUGGUCAGCUUGCUUUGCUAUGUGUAUCGAAACGCAUGGUCCGUACUAACCACUUCGAUCGGUCACACAGUUCUCGAGAUUAUCCCCGUUCUUACACGACUCUACUUUGACGCUCUUGCAACCCAUGCCUCGGUCUUGUUCCCGCUGCCCUCCUCCCAAGCGAACCACUUUGCGACCCCCUCGGCCGCCCGCUCGGCCUUCGAACUCCACUCCUUGACAAAAAGACGUCACCUCGCCGCGACUUGGACACGAGGCGUCUGUCUCAAUCUACUUCAAUGGAUUCAUGGGACCAAUAACGUGGGAUCGGAGCUAGAUCACCUCAAGACGAAAUGUCUAUCUGACGUCCUAACUGUGAUCGAAACGCAGGAUCUGCAUCGGGAUGGGAAAGAGGAAGGAUGGGAGGGGUGUUUGGAAAUGAUUGUCUUGGGUGCGACGAAUCGGCUUGACGAUGAUACCAGCUUCGAGGUGUUGAGUUUGGUCACGAGGAUGGACUUCGAUGCCGUUAGUCCCAAACUCGAGGAAGGGCUCAAGUACCUCUCCACGACGUCGAUCUCGACGAAUCAAGACCACCGAGGAAAACAGGGAUGGCUUCGCACCUUGCUCUCGCAUUACACAAAGUCGUUCACGCUCUUACCGUUCCUGCAUCACAUUUCGCAAGCGAUCGGGUCCGAAGCGUCGCACAAUGGAUGCAUCAACAACUACCUGACGAGGAUCGAGUUUUUGGACGCGUUAAGGAAGAGAUUGGGUGGGAUCGUUCCUGGAUUAGGUGUCAAGGAUGCGUUCGAGCAAUUGAGUCAAGGAAUACGAGCCGCUCUUGAGGAGGCAGAAACGGCUCAACCCGUUGAAGCGGUGGAAGUGGAACAGGAGGGGAGGACCAAGAAACGACGCAAGGUCUCUUCAUCAUCGGCCAUUCCUCUCGAGUCGAACACAGCUCGAGCGAGCUCGAGCACCGCGGCUCUCAUCGGCCGUUCGAGGAUAUUGACACUCUUCAUCCAGGCUCUUCCAACCCCUCUACCACUCGAACACUUUGGAGUGUUCAACAAGGACGCCUUGGAACCGUUCCUCAAGACCUUUCUCGGAUCGAAGCAUGCUAGUCGGGAACAGGUCGUUGCGGGUGUAGAGAUGCUUCGAGUGAGGGAAGCGAUGCUCGAACGAAUGCGAUUCGAAGGUAUUGUCGAACCGGAGGCGGAAUGGGCGUUGGACAAAGCGGUCAAUAAACGCCUGGUCAAAUUGGUCCAGGAUGACGAGGAGGGGUUCGUCGUGGUUGAGGUCGCGCGGACGUUGUUGCAAGGGUUCGAGAAGGGAGCUGACAAGGCGACGGCAGAGCAAGUCAUCGACAUCAUUUCGAGUAGAUGUGCUCCGGGAUCGACGGACGGACGAGCGUGGGAUGGCUACCUUCGACGGAUGGAUCUGGGCCAAUUGCCAACCGCAUUGUGGGAACUCGUAACGCGGCGGCAUUUGGCGCUAUUCGAACGCCUGGGAUCCGAGACAUCUCUCUGGUCCAUUGCCGAAAGAAUUGUGUCCAAUAUCACCACGGAACACGUCAAAGACGAGGAUCUGACGAUCAAGUCCAUCACUCGGCGACUCCUUCGCCGCGCGGAUCUCUACGAACUUCCUCGCCUACGCCAACAAUUUCACCUCGCGUUAUCGGCCAUAACCUCGGUAGAAAACUUACAAGCACCUUCGACAGUCCUUAAAGCUCUCUCGGCCUCCAAAGUACCCAAGUCACUCGGAUCGAUCAAGCCUAGGAAAUUAGUCGAGGUCAUCGGCUUGUUCGGUUCGAUCGGCUCGAUGCUCCCGAUGCAAUACCUGGGCAAGUCGCUGCGCAACGAAUUGGUCGAACGAGCUUUCGGACUGGAUCUUUGGAUUGGAGGUGGGAAGAGUGGUGUCGAGGGAGAACUUGUUGAGGGCUUGCAGAUAGGUCUGCGGAAGUUCGUGAUACUUGUCAUGGAUGGAGGUUCCAUCUCGGUGAGUUUCAAUCUCUGCGCGGUGGCUUCCAGCUUGGGCUACUGAUACGAACCCUAAUCUUGGCAAACGCAGCCGCCCUCGGUCGCUGUCAUCUCUCGUCUCGUCUCAAGUGCCGACCUUGAAGCCUCGAGCGAAUACCUCACCACCAUCAACGACCUCUACCGCAAAUUGGCACAGUCCGCCAUUGUAUCUUUCAAAGAAACGUCAUCACCAGCUCGCCUGAUCGAAAUGGUGGCCGCAUUCGAGAAGCCUCUUAGCGGUCUUUCAAAUCGUUUCCGGCGAGGAGCGGCUCAAUUCAUGACUGAGGAGAAGGCUUAUACGACACUUUUGGACGUCUUGGUGGUCGAGGGCUUGGGUCGCGCCGAGGGGUGAGUUUGCUGCUCGGCUCUCAACCGCUGUAUUUUCGGCGCUGCUGACGCAAUAGGUUAUGACGCAUAGACUACCCGAGGACCUUCGAACAGCAAUCGCCUCUUCAGUUCAAGCUGUCACAAAUCCUUUUGGCAAGACACUCAAGACUGCGACUCAACAAGUCGUUUCCGAGCCCAAGACGGUCUUUACUCUGGCGGAUUUGAUCAACUCGUGUUGCUCCAUUUGGCGCGCCAAGGACUGGCUUGCAAAUGAUGCCUCAGAGUGCGACGAAGUCGAUACGUACGCAGCAUUCGCACAAGCUACACUUGGAACAACAGUCUCCCACAUUGUUUCGGGACAAGCGAACACUAUGGCGGCCGAGUCGGACAUCGCUGCAACUUGUCUCGCGAUCGCCGAGCUGCUCGCUUUCCGAAUCGGUCGGACGAGGACCAUGUCGAAGGAUCUCAAGGUGUCUUCAGCGGCUUUUGAGACACUCGUUGCGUGCCAUCUGGCCUUCUAUGAGCAUGUCUCGAGUAUAUCAUCCAUCACCUCGGCUCUAGACGCCAGCCUGA